AUGGCUCCUUGGACGAGGACCACAACAGAGCGGUAUGGUGUAGUUAAGUGGAAUUUCUUCGGCAAAGGAGAAAAGCAGCUUUCCCUUGAGGUAGGAGAUGCGGUCCAAAUCCAGGAGGUCUGUGAUGGAUGGUACAGAGGCCACCUGGUCAGGAACAAAGUCGUGUGGGGAGUGUUCCCUGCCAGUUAUGUCCAUCUUAGGGAGGUUGUCGUUGAAAAACGAGGAGGAGAGGAGGUUGUGCUGCCUGCAGAGAUGCCCUUGGUGAAAGAGGUGACCACCACUUUGAGGGAGUGGGGAAGCAUAUGGAAGCAGCUCUUCGUGGCCAACAAGCGGACGCGUGUGAAGCAGGUCCAGAGGCUGAUGUGUGAGCUUAUGGAGUGGCGUUCCCAGCUCCUGUCUGGCACUCUGCCUAGUGACGAAUUCAAGGAGCUCAAGCAAAAAGUCACCUCGAAGAUUGACUAUGGCAACAAGAUCCUGGAGCUGGACCAGGUGGUGAGAGACGAGGAUGGGAACAUCUUGGACCCUGAACGGGCAAACGUCAUCAGUCUUUUUCGGGCCCACGAGGAGGCUACAGCCAAGAUCAAUGAGCGCAUCAAAGAGGAUCAGUCCAACAUCCAGACGGACCACAGCGGGAUCUCCGCACGGAUCCAGUCGUCCCCCACCCACAGCCUCUACGUGUUUGUCAGGAACUUUGUCUGUCGCAUUGGAGAGGACUCGGAGCUCUUCAUGUCCCUAUACGACCCCGUCAAACAAGCCAUUAUCAGUGAGAACUACUUAGUUCGCUGGGGCAGCAAAGGAUUCCCGAAGGAGAUUGACAUGCUGAACAACCUGAAGGUUGUCUUUACAGACUUGGGAAACAAGGACCUGUGCAGAGAGAAGAUUUAUCUGAUCUGUCAGAUAGUGAGAGUGGGCAGGAUGGACCUAAAAGAGACUUUGAACAAGAAGUGCACCCAAGGCCUGAGGCGGCCCUUUGGGGUGGCAGUGAUGGACAUCAGUGAUAUCAUCAAAGGGAAGAUUGAAUGCGAUGAAGAGAAGCAGUUCUUUAUCCCAUUCUUCCCGGUAGUUGCUGAGAAUGACUUUCUACACUCCUUGCUGAACAAAGUGACAGCGUCACGAGGAGACAGUGGCGGGCAAGGUCUCUGGGUGACUUUGAAGACUCUGGUCGGGGACAUAGUUCAGAUCCGGAAGGAAUACCCUCACCUGGUGGACCGCAGCACCGUGGUGGCCCGCAAGCUGGGCUUCCCGGAGAUCAUUAUGCCGGGAGACGUGCGCAACGACAUCUACCUCACCUUACAGGGCGGCGACUUCGACAAAUACAACAAGACGACACAGAAAAACGUGGAGGUCAUCAUGUGGGUCUGCGAUGAGGAGGGCAAGGUCAUGCAGAACUCCAUCUGUUUGGGCGCAGGGGAUAAGGUGGUCAGUGAGUACAGAUCCGUCAUCUACUACCAAGUCAAACAGCCCCGCUGGAUGGAGACAAUUAAGGUGGCUAUUCCCCUGGAAGAAAUGCACAGAAUUCAUUUACGCUUCAUGUUCAGACACCGCUCUUCCCAGGAGUCCAAGGACAAGAGCGAGAAGAACUUUGCCAUGGCCUUUGUGCGUCUGAUGAAGGACGAUGGGACAGUUCUACAAGAUGGACUGCAUGACCUUGUAGUCUUCAAGGGUGACAGCAAGCGCAUGGAAGACGUGAACUACUACCUGUCACUGCCUUCGACCCGCAACAACCACAGCGACAACCACAAGGGGACAGUGCUGAGUCGCAGCUCCAGCAACGUGUCCGGGAGUGGAGGCCUGUCCGUCAGCUCCAGAGACAGCUUCUGCACCUCCACCCUGGUCUGCUCCACCAAGCUCACCCAGAAUGUGGGCCUGCUUGGGCUGCUCAAGUGGAAGACUCAACCCGAACACCUCAAAGAAAACCUUGAGAAACUCAAAAUGAUUGAUGGAGAGGAGGUGGUCAAGUUUCUGCAGGACACUCUGGAUGCCUUGUUCAGCAUCAUGAUGGAACACUCUCAGACUGACGACUAUGACAUACUCGUUUUUGACGCCUUGAUAUACAUCAUAGCUCUGAUUGCUGAUAGAAAGUUCCAGCAUUUCAACACAGUGUUGGAGGCCUACAUCAAGCAGCAUUUCAGCGCUACACUCGCAUACAAGAAGCUGAUGUCGGUGUUGAAGAGGUAUCUGGACGUGUCCAGCCAAGGCCAAAAGUGUGAACCCAUCCUCAGAACCCUCAAAGCCCUCGAGUACAUCUUCAAGUUCAUCGUCCGAUCACGCAUGCUCUACUCCCAGCUGUACGAGGGGAAGGAGCAGGCGGAGUUUGAAGAGUCGCUGAGGAGCCUCUUUGAAUCCAUCAACAAGCUGAUGGGGACCGACUACACCACCACUCUACUGCUCAGGGUUGCUGCUCUGAAGUACCUGCCAACAGUCCUGCAUGAUGUUGAGCAAGUGUUUGAUGCCAAACUUCUCAGUGAGUUGCUGCAUGACUUUUAUUCCUGCAUCCCCCCUGAGGUACUCCAGAAACAGAAGGUGGCCUCCAUGACUGAAAUCGUCAGCAGCAAACUCUUCCAGAGACAAGAGUGCCGUGAUGUGCUGUUACCCAUGAUGCUGCGGGAGUUGGGUGGGGCACUUGCCAGCAUGGCUGACGGGCCUCACGAUGAGAGGAGAAAUAGUCUGGAGCUGCUCAACAACAUUCUGGAGGUCCUCAGCCGGGACAGUGUGGGUGAAACCUUUCAACAUGUGCAGGACAUUGUGGUGUCUCUGCUGAGGAUCAUCAACCGGACGGUCAUCACGAUGGGAAGAGAGCACGCCCUAAUCUCCAGGGUGGUAGCCUGCAUGACAGCUAUACUCAGUCAGAUGGAUGAUCGUCACUAUGAGACAUACAUAGAAACCUUCGCUGGGUCCUCUGAUCUGGUGGACUUCCUGAUGGAGUCCUUCCUGCUUUUCAAGGAUCUGAUUGGGAAACAUGUGUACCCCUCUGACUGGAUGGCCAUGAUCAUGGUACAGAACAGAGUGUUCCUGAGAGCUAUCAACACCUAUGCAGACACAAUGAACCAGAAGUUCCUCAAUAACGACGACUUUGAAGUACAGUUGUGGAAUAACUACUUCCACUUGGCGGUGGCGUUUAUUACCCAGGAAUCUCUGCAGCUUCAGCAUUUCUCGCCAACUAAGAGGAACAAGAUUCUCGCCAAGUAUGGUGACAUGAGAAGACUCAUUGGCUUCGCUAUACGCGACAUCUGGUACAAACUAGGCAGCCAUAAGAUCUGUUUCAUCCCUGGCAUGGUGGGUCCCAUCCUGGAGAUGACUUUGAUCCCAGAAGAAGAGCUGAGGAGGGCCACCAUCCCCAUCUUCUUCGACAUGAUCACCUGUGAAAAUGCACACUCUGGAAACUUCCAGAAGUUUGAGAAUGAGAUCAUUCUGAAGUUGGACCAUGAGGUGGAGGGUGGAGGAGGAGACGAGCGAUACAUGCAACUACUGGAGACCAUCCUGCUGGACUGUGCAGCAGAGAAGCCCCCACUGAGGCCACAGGUGCAGCACUUUGUCUCCUUGGUGAAGGGACUCCUGAUUCGUCUCCUUGACUACCGCACCGUGAUGAACGAUGACAGCCGCAACAACCGCAUGAGCUGCACCGUCAACCUUCUUAACUUUUACAAGGACAUCAAUCGUGAAGGGAUGUAUAUCAGGUACCUUUACAAGUUGAGGGACCUUCAUCUGGAGGGUGAAAACUACACGGAGGCAGCAUACACACUGCUGCUCCACUCCCGCCUGCUCAAGUGGUUGGAUGAGAUGUGCAGCCCCCAGUUUGAGUUCCACGGCUCCCAAACGCAGCGGCAGCUCAAAGAAACGCUCUACGACACCAUCAUCGACUACUUUGACAAGGGCAAGAUGUGGGAAGAGGCCAUCACUCUCUGUAAGGAACUGGCUGAACAGUACGAAAACGAGAUCUUUGACUACGAGUUACUCAGCAAGAGACUGGAGAAACAAGCCAAGUUCUAUGAAAACAUCAUGAAGAUCUUGAGGCCUAAGCCGGACUACUUUGCAGUGGGCUACUACGGACAGGGCUACCCUCCAUUCCUCAGGAACAAGGUGUUUAUCCACCGUGGAAAGGAGUACGAACGCAGAGAGGACUUCCAGAACCAUCUGAUGAGCCAGUUCCCCAGCGCUCUGCACCUCAACACCACCACCAUGCCAGGAGACGACAUCAAGAACUCUCCACUGCAGUAUAUCCAGUGUUUCACAGUGCAGCCAGUCCUCGAGAUUCCUCCUCGCCUGAAGAACAAACCUGUUCCCGAUCAGAUCAUCAACUUCUACAAGUCCAACUACGUGCAGCGCUUUCACUAUUCCAGACCGGUGAAGAAAGGACCUGUGGACCCAAACAAUGAAUUUGUUUCAAUGUGGAUUGAACGCACAACCUUCACCACUGUGUACAAGCUGCCAGGGAUCCUGCGCUGGUUUGAGGCUACGGACAUGAAACAUACCACCUUGUCUCCACUGGAAAACGCCAUAGAGACCAUGGAGUCCACCAACGAGAAGAUUCUCACCAUGAUCAACCAGUAUCAGGCUGACUGGACCCUUCCCAUCAACCCCCUCUCCAUGCUGCUCAAUGGCAUUGUGGACCCAGCUGUCAUGGGCGGCUUUGCCAAGUAUGAAAAGGCGUUCUUUACCGAAGACUUCACUCAGCAGCACCCGGAGGACAGAGACAAACUGCUGCGCCUUAAGGACCUCAUCGCAUGGCAGAUCCCUUUACUGGGUGGUGGGAUCGCUCUCCAUGGCAAGAGAGUGAUGGAGGCCCUUCGUCCUUUCCACGAGCGCAUGGAGGAGUGUUUCAAACAGCUGAAGAAGAAAGUGCAGAAGGAGUACGGAGUGAGAGAGCUGCCGGAUUUGGAUGAGAGGAAGUCCACUCGUCCUCGCUCCAUGCUGCGCUCCCUUCGUCAGUCCAUCAUCUCCAUCUCCUCACUGCAGGGAUCUGAAUGUGGGACUCCAACCAAGCUCCAUGCAGACAGGGACUUCCCCCCCGAGUCCCCCACCUCCUGGAACUCCACCCUGCCGCGCUCCAGUGGCAGCAUGACUGGAAGUAUAUCGGGGGGAGUGGUGACGGUGGGUGAUGCAGAGGUCAAACUGAGGAAGAGUAAGAAGAAGAAGAAGAGGAGCAGCAUGAUCUUCAUCACAGAGGAAAGAGAAAGGAUGAAUACAAUGGAUAGCAAACGGCUGUCCAAGAAACAGGAGUUCCGCAGUGACACCAACCUGUGUGAGCCGAAUGAAGGAAGUGUGUCGCUGACUAAUGCCAACUCCAGAUCCCUGCCCGCCAUCACAGGUCUGUCCUUGGCGGUGGCUGGAAUGGAGGAUGUGGACUCUGUCAGAGCAAGGAGGGACAGUAAGAGCAUGUCUGUCUGUGUGACCUCUGACAGAACAGCAGACAGGCGCUCAAAGGGAAUCAUCAACCUCAUCUUCAAGUCCAAGAGCUCCAACUCAGAGAAGAUGUGAAGCCCAGUGCAGGGCCAAUCAUUUAUGAAAUGCUUAUUUUUGUAUUUUAUUUUAACUUUACUUAUCUUUACGCUUUUGUUAAAGUAAGUUCACAUAAAUCUGCAAGCAAAACCAAAUUAUGCUCUCACUCAGUCAGUCUCUCAGUCUCAGUAUUGCUGUUGCCUUAAUAUAAUUGAUUGUAUCUGUCAAUAAAGACUAUUUUUGUGGUGUGACCUUUCUCCUGGUAAUUCAAAUGAUUUCCAGUGAAGCUAAAUACCAUCUUGCAGGUUUUCAAUCAAUUCCGCUUCUUCAAGAACAAGCAAACACAAACAAUCCCGCAGACGUGCUUGAGUAAAAAGCUUAUUAUACGCGUUUCAGCAUUGAUUGGACUGACUGAAGGUAAUGGGAAAAUAAUCAUUCGAAGAAGCACAAAGGUUACUGUGUCCUCCCAAAGGACUUUAACAAGACACGCUGCAUAAAAGCUUUACCGCUGAAAGAAAAACAACAAAGUCUAAUACACUUAAAAUUAAUGGGGAGCAACACACCUUGAAGAUGGGACAAAACUGUUUGGUACUUUUAAUCUAAUCUUAUUGUUUAUUCUGCAUUGGUUGGAACAAGCAUUCACUUUUAUUUUAAUGUAUAAACAUCAAUCUUUAAGGAGUAGUUUGAAUUGUUUGCUUAUGGCCUCUUUGCUCUGAUUCAAUCAAGUUCUUCAUGUCUUUGUUGUAAUCACAAUUUUCUUUCUUUUGUUACCAAAAUGUACUUGAGUAAGAGUUAACGGUGUGCUGCAUUAAAAGUACUCCAGGAGGGACCAUUUCCUGAGUAACAAUGUAACUGAGUUUCUGCGCUGGAUAAGGAGCUUAUACACCUGUUUUCUUAUAUGUUGAGAUAUUCCUUUAAUAACCUAUAGUAAUGUUUCCCAAGAUGCAUGAAACUGGGUGAUUUAUUCUUUUUUUGGGGUCACCAUAAAUUACUUAAUUUGUGAGUGAGUGAGAUAAAAAGCACAGUGUUUGAUUUGUAGGAGCCAAUUGCUUUCCUAAAGAAUGUGAUCGCUGAGUGAAACAGGAAGUACAGGUCUGCAGACACAGUGUCUGUUCGUCUCCCUGGAUCAGAGCAGCUCUUGCUGUCCAGAGGAAAAACAAAUUGAUGGAGUGGUGAGCUUUCCUCUUUCCUCCUCGAGCAGAAACAACAAUGUGAGUAGGAGAAACAUUGCAGCCUAAAGGUACAAAGUGGAACAUGUAUAUAUAUAUUUCAUGGCUUGUGUUUUCUCGCCCUCACUCAGGUUGUUGGUGCUGAUCAUGUGAACAGUCACCCUGCAGGUACAUCCAUGCUGAUUCUGAAUGUAUGCAACUAAACCCUUCACAGUCCUGACUGACGAUUGAGGAAGUGAGGUGGGCAGGAAAUGAGCUUAAGUCUGUACCUUCCUGAGUGACAUUAGUGACAUUUAAUACAAAUAUUAAGAUAAAUUGUUAAAAGGGCAGCCAGGCUGAUGGAUAUGAAUUAGUAGCCUGUGAAGCCAAUGAGGGUGAUCAUGUAUAACCUACAUUGGUAAAAGGUCAUGUCAGAAAAUAUAAUUUUAAUUAAGCUGUGUAAAUGAUUCAUGGAUGUGGAGGAAUAACUCACAUUUGCCCAGUGGUGGGUUUUUUAAUUUCCUCACGGCCUCGCUGUGUCCUGUGAGAGAGCAGAUAGUCAGAGGGUGAUUUAAGAACAAUGGAGACAUUUUUCCUUUCCCUUAUUAAUACCGCCAUUAUCUGGUGCCACACUGACCACCAGGUCUCUGCACAGCCAAUUUAAAGUUACAGAAUAGCCUUUUAAAACUAGUCUAAUGUCCUGUACAGUAAUACUUCAGUCUUAAGUGUGGCCCGUCUGAUUUAAAGCAUUGCUGCGUGACCACAGAGUGAUUUUAGUCCAAAGAUUCAUCUCACUUCUACAAAAAAAGGAUGGAUUUGGUUGGUGGCUAAGUUAAAUGAUAUGCUGUAUAUUCUCAAAGCGAAUGAAGGUGCUGCAUCGCAUCACUGGCCAACAGAUAAAUUCCCAUCUAAAAUAGUAAGACUGUCUCCUGGAAAGUGUGUAAAUUCAACAAAACACUGAUCGAUAAAAUCUCUGAUGCAGAAAGGGAGACAUUUAUAAAACAUUGAAUUUUGAAAUAUAGAAGUACAAGAAGCUCACAAAGCCAUCAGAUUUAUUUGAAAACUUCUUAAAACUGUGACUCAUUGUUAAGGGCCUGUGGCUAUUUUCAUCAUAUCAAAGUUAAUGAUCCUUUCAGCUCUGUGGCUUCUUUGGUUUCCAGAUGGAAACCCCUUCAAAAGCUCAACACACAACUCCUGCAAUUAUUAUCAAGUGUUAAUUUUCACCUCUGCAGGCAUGUCAGAUUCUUGUGAUUUAAUUUGAAGCUUUUAUUGGAGCUGUCAUUUUGUUUGGUGCUAUUACUUACAUGUCAUAUUAAUUGGAAUAACUCAUGUGCUCAGAUAUCAUAUUGCCUGCUGCAUUUUCAAAACUACGGCAACAGCCAUGGUUGUAUCUGUUAAAAGCACAUAAUGUAUCCUGUGCCUGUUCAAUGACUGUUCACCAAUAUAUCAGUUUAAUGACCGUAGUAAAAAAGCAUAUUUACA